GAGUGAGUUGGAAGGCAAAAAUUAAAUUUCCUGCAGAAACAUUAUAAUUUAAGGAUAUAUUCCUGGUUUAGUGCUGAAAAAUAUUGAUCCGCGAGUGUAGGUUAAUGAAAUUUUAACUGAAGUGCGAGAAAACUUGCAAUAGACUGAUUCUUAUCACCAAACUACAACAGCGAUUGAUCAAGUGAAAUUUCUUAGUUCAUUUACAGAGACGGCUCAAAGCCUACUUCAACUAUCGGAACUAUCACUCUUCUGAGGGACCUUCACCAUGAUCCAUCUAACGGGUCAAAACCUCACCUCAAAAGAGGUGAUCCAAAACAUCUUCUCCCCGAUCGUUGGAGCGAUCAUCUCCCCACAAGCGGAGGAAUUAUGCCAGAAAAAUAAUUUGACGUUCGUCGAGAUGCUGCAACCCUUUCUGAAGCUAUCCUCCGAUGCGCACUUUCGCGACACGGCCGGAACCAGCGUGUCGAUCAAGGGCCUACGAAUAAACGUGUGCGAUGUUAACUGGCGCCCACCGCAGACCAUCCUGGCCAAGAAGAUGCUCAACGAAUCGGUAACGUCUGCCGUGGGGGAAAAGUUGCGCGCCAUCAAACUGGACGACGGUAGCUUCGUGGACAUUCCGGUUUCGGAGCCAUGGUUCGAGCAGUGGCGUGAAACGUUUUUGACCGUGCAGUUUCCAUCGGAUCAUGAGUUCACGAGGCAUCUGUUGUGUUCGAUGAUCGUGGUGUCCAGUAUCGACGUGAAUCCGCUGGAAGUGGCUGGACAGUUGACGAAAAAAAUCCAGAUGAUGCAGAACAUUACGCCGCCCCGGUUGCCGAAGUGGUUCUCGGGCGAUUCGCUGAACUGCUACGUGAUGCUGCAUGAUGGGUGUUCGGGAGACAUUAGCAAAGCUCAGCAAGCCUUCGAUGGUCUCAAAUCAACCUACGGCGAUCACAAAUGUUUCCUACUGCAGAUCAACUCCCAUCAGGGACCUCCCAUGGAAUGCCCCGAUCCUUGGAUGCGUUACCUAAAAAAACACCAACGCACGGAACCGACCCCGUCGUCCGAUAUCGAUAGUGCGCCAAAAACUCCGCAGGACGCCACUUCAGUGACAUCGAUGCCGACUACAAUCCAAACGGCAUCUCUCACUCCGGGGGGUAGCAGUACUGCGUCCGAUUCGGGCAUUAUCAGUGGGGAAGUGAUCGCCCAUCCGCUUAGCCCGGUGCAGGAAACCGGAAUAGAGAUACAGGAGACUUCCAGCUUGACGUCCAGUAUUGACAGCCUUUCGCAGCAAACCAUCAAUCCAAACGUGUGGACGGUAGAAAGCGAUACCGAUGUCGCUCACGGUACCUUUCUAACGGCUGGAGAUUUGGAUAAUUUGAAACAUUUCGUUCAGGACUUUGCGGUGCGUGCGUUGAUUCCGUACGUGGAGAAGUUGGUAGGUGUUCUGAAUGACUCCAUCUCGAACAAAAAGGGCGUUAGUCGUUCGUUGCUUAGCGCAACCAAAAGGUGGUUCGUGACCAACAAACCUGGAACAAACACCAAUCAGAACGCUGUGGUUUACACCAAUGAGUCCACCGAACUGCAGACCAGGAAGCUGGGAGAUCUCUACUUCAUGUUCGGUCACUAUUCCCUAGCAUUCCAGGCAUACCAUCAGGCGAAGCGUGACUUUAACGCGGAUUCUGCCUGGCAAUACUACGCAGGUGCACUGGAAAUGGCCGCACUCGCUGCUUACAUGCAAGGCACGGCCAAUCGGAAAACGUACGACUAUAUGGAAGAAUCGAUCGUGACCUACCUGAACAGCUGCAAGAUGCCGCAAUUCGCCACCCGAGCAACACUUCUUUCUAUGGAGUGCCUUAAAACGGCCAAGCUUUACAACGAAGCCGCCAAACAAUUGAUCAGGAUGACCAGCGAAGAUUCUGAUCUACGUUCAGCGCUUCUGCUGGAGCAGGCCGCUUAUUGUUUCCUACUGGCAACACCUCCACAGUAUCGGAAGUACGCAUUCCACUCGGUACUGGCCGGUCAUCGGUUCUCGAAAGCUGGACAACGGAAGCAUUCCUUCCGCACAUACAAACAAGCGUAUCAGGUGUUCGAAAAUCGAGGUUGGAGCUUGGCCGAAGAUCACAUUCAAUAUACGAUCGGCAAGCAAGCCAUCAACCUAAAGAAGUUAGACGAAGCCAGUAACUGUCUCUCUCAUCUAUUGCGUCCUUCCAGUCUCCAGAGCGCGACCCAGCAGGCAUUCUUCCUAAAAGAUUUCCUUGCAACUCAGAAGGCUUUGCUGGCCAAAAACGACGUGAAUGAUAUCCUGACCAUAUCUUUGCCAAAGAUCGUUCAACCUAUGACUCGUGUCCUGGUGACGUCUCAGCCUCCGGUGGCCAAUCCCUUGUUCAUUCCUGCCACCAACCUCACAAUUAACUCCAGUUUGCUAGAAGAAAACAUCUGGAACAAAAUGGAGGAGAUGCUGGUACAGAGUGCUUCCAAGAAAUCCAUCAUGAUUUUCAAACCCAGCAAAUCGUUAUUCACUCAAGAAUCGCAUGCUCUGGAGAAUCCACGUAGCGUUCAUGGUGAACCGAUUGAGAUAUCAUUCAAUUUGGAAAACGCAAUCAAACCUCCCAUUGCGUUUGAAAGCAUCAACAUUCUGUGGGAAUUCCGCAAAGAAACGCAGGAAAUCUACUCCAACAAGCCGCUCUUCAUGGGUGAAGUCACCGCCGAUGAGCGCAAAGAAAUCGAAAACGUCGUCGCCACCACUUCGGUCAGUUCGGUAAGUUUCAAUGAAUACGAAAUCAAGACCGUGUCCCUGAAGAUAACACCUAGAAGCACCGGACAGCUCCGAAUCCUCGGAGUCGUUGGGAAGAUAUUAUCUACCGCAGUCGGGACUUCGGAGCCAGCAACCCUUUGGGGUAAGCAACUCUUCGAGGCGCUCCCCAUCCGUUCCAACGCCAAGGACAAUCGCCCGGUCCAGUUCGAUCGCAAGCUGGAAAUCGAAGUCCUGCCACCGGCUCCGGCGUUGCAUGUCAGCUUCUCGCAAACACCCACCGAAGUCCUCGCCGGCGAGGUGAUCUCCAUCCAGAUCAACAUGACCAACGCGGGUGUAAACGUGCUAAACGACAUCUACAUCUGUAUUGAUAAUCCGCGUUUUGUGCUCGUCAACCCAGAGGAGUCGGAAAUCCCGUUGUCCAUCCUACGGGAUUUGCGCAAUCUGGUCAAUGAAAAUCUUGGCAAGGAGAAGGAAGCGCGAAAGCAGUACGUCUUCAGGGCUUUCAAGGAGAGCGAGGGCAAUGCUAUCAGCCCAAUGGAAACGAAAACGAGUACAAUCUGGCUGCAGGCGCCAUAUGUUAAGGGGCCAAAGAACGUCAAGCUGCUAAUUUACUACGGCAUGCCGGCGGAUUACCCGAAGCUGAAGCACCGGUUGGUCCGACACACGUGGAACUUCAACGUGAACGAAUCGCUCCUGUUGGACGCCAACUGUAACGUCAGUAAUCCACUGACAAACGAGUUGGGCAUCGACGUCAACGUUAAAAAUCUCAAUCAGGUCCACCAUCCACUGAUGACAGAAAUUGCGGUAAACGAGAUUGUUCUGUACUGCUCGACGUACCAGUUGAACCCGAGAAAGAUUGUCUAUAUCAAGAACCCCGGCUACCAAAAGCACUUUGUCGAGGGCUUCGGACUCAAAACCAAUGAAACCCUGAGUCUGCGUUGCAAUUUGCAGAAACGACCGGAAGAAGUCAAGUUCGGUACGGAUGUCCGGGAGUAUAUCAGCGAUAAGCUGUCAACGGUUUCAAUUAGGGCGCCCAGUGCCGAGAUGAUCGCCUGUCUGCCUAGCUUCCACGCGACCGGCAGCUUUCUGAUGAAGAACGAAACCAAGUACAUCCGGGUGUACGAAAGCUCCAACAACGAGGAGUUCAAUCAGAUUAUUUCGAGUCUGGACCGGCACAUGACCGUGUGCGUUAACUGGAGUGGGCAGAUCAACGAUAAUGGGUCGUCCCGGAAGGCCUACGGGCAGCAUUUCGUUCAGCUCAGGAACCUGUAUGACGCUGUAUUUUGUCCACCCUCGGAACGCCACCAGCAGGUUAUAUUCACGCAUAAUGAAGUUGUUUACAGCAUCUAUGAUAAUUUAGAUGAGGUUAUUCCAAAACCUGACGAUGGAUUAGACGAUGGAUGGGGUGUCAACAAUAAUUUUGUGGCUCAGCGAUGUUUCCUAGAAGAGAACUUCCAAUCUGUAGAAUUGCUGGCAAAGGGAUAAUUUUUUUCAGUAGAUAUUUAUUGUGAUUCUAUAAUUAGGAUAUAAAUUUUAAAGUUUAUUAGGCGUA